GAAGAGGGAGGGUCCUGGCAAACCGCCUGCCAACACCCCUGCCAAGAAGCUGAUUCUCGAGUGUGGUGGAGAGUGGGCCGCCCCCGCUGCAGAAACCCCAGCCUGCCAGGAGCCCGACGCCAUGGAGACCCUCACCAUAGCCAUAGACCCCAGCGUGGGCGCCACCCCGGUGUACGUGGAGACUCAGUCUUCGGCCCCCAACUUGGACUUCCAGGCCCUCUCGGGACCCCUGGUUGGGACGGUGAACCUGCUUCCUCUGGUCCAAAUCGUGGAGCCCCUCAAAGCGGUGACCCUGGCGGUGGCUUCCCCGGCCGUGCCGGGCCAAGCUCCGCAGGAGCCCCCGGAGCAGCAGGUGGUGGAUUUUGUGGCCUCGCUGCCCCCGGCUACCCUGGGAGCCUUGCCCAGCUCUUCCGUCGGGCUGGCCGGGCAGCUGUGCACCGAAGUGGCCUUGCCUUGCGAAGUUUUGGCCGCCGGCGACCAGAGUUCCCUACGGGCCGUGAUGGCCGAGCCGGCCGUGAUGGCUGAACAGGGGGCCCUGGUGAUCGAGAACGUCUCCAUCGAGCCUUUCCUGGCGGGCGGCCCUUCCGUGGCCCUCCCCGUCCUGCAAGAGCCCACCGCCACCACCCAGAUGGUGGCCUACUUUGAGACCAUCCCCACCGCUCCCGCCGCCACCGCCUCUUCCGGGCUGUCUCCUCCCGAGACAGUGUUGUCCUCGGCCCUCAGCCUGCCCAUCGUCUCCACCCUGCCCAUCGUCUCCAACCAGGCGGCCCCGGAGGCCUCCCUCUCGGCCGAGGAGGCGAAGCUGGAGGAGGGCAGCUCUUCCGGCGACUCUUCGGAGGAGCCCCUGGGGGAGCACCGCUACCACCGGCACGAGGGGACGACGGCCGAGCUGGUGGAGGUGGUGUCGGGGCUGCAGAAGAAGGUGAUGGUGCUCCAGCAGAGGCACCGGAGACACUGCGCCAAGCUGGAGGCCAUGGAGGGCGUGGUGGAGCAGCUGUGGAAGGAGAACCUGGUCUCGGAGGAGAAGCUGAAGGUCCUGGAGAUGG